GCCAUGUGUCAACCUAAUUAAAAUGUCAGGAACACGUCAAAAUUGCAGCGUAAUAAUUAAUUUUAAAAUAUAAAUAAAUAAAUAUAUUUUAUCGCAAAAUUAUUUUAAAAUUAUCCAAAGUGGCACCGAAAGAAGCAAGAUAUCAAAUAUGGGACGUGAAAUGUUUAAAAGAAGGUCAAAGAGUAUUUUUAAGAAAUUUAGACAACAAAGGCGCUAUAAACAUUUACAAAGAGCACGAAGGAAAUAUGGACGUGAUGGUGGCAUGUCAAAGACUCACAUUGAUGCAUAAACUUCUACGGGAGAGAGACAUCCCAUACGCGGUGGUAGCCACUGAUGCAGGCAAUGUUAGCCCCACACGAAGCAAGAGUCCGUCGACUUACCUUUUGCCGAAUAAGAUGUCAGUUUGCAAAAAACGUUGUAUGGACUGGAACGACUACUAUCCUUUGAAUAUUAUUUACAAUUUUUUGGACAGUCUCGAGAUCGCAUAUCCUUCCAUAUGUACAGUCUCAUCAAUUGGAAAGUCAGUGGAAGGAAGGGAGAUUAAGAUGCUAAAAAUAUCGAAUAGUGAUGCAAAAAACACAGGAGUCUGGUUGGAUGCAGCGAUCCACUCCAGAGAAUGGAUAAGCACGUCUGUAGUCACAUACAUCGCAGAUUUUCUUGCAACUAAUUUUAAUGAAUUGCCUAGCAGUAUAACUAACAAAGAUUGGUAUUUAGUACCCAUAGUAAACCCAGAUGGCUACCAUCACACACAUAACUUAGACCGAAUGUGGAGAAAGAACAGAGCUCGAGUUGGGAAUGCCAUUACUGGAGUUGAUCUAAAUAGAAAUUUUGGGUAUUAUUGGGGUCGAGGAACGACCUGUGAAGCAUCAUCUAAUGAUCCAAAUCAUUUGAACUAUCGUGGUCCAGAACCAUUUUCUGAACCAGAAACAUGUGCAGUCAAGGAUUUACUUUUGUAUUCAGGGACUCCGUUCAAGAUCUUUUUGACAUUCCAUUCUUGCAGUGAAGUGAUAUCAUUUCCUUGGUGCUAUACAGCAGACCCUUGCCCUGACUACGUCAGUCUUCUAGAAGGAGGAACUGUUAUGGCUAAGGCAAUCUUCGACACAACAGGGCGCAUGUAUAAAGUGGGUAAUUUCAAAGACCUGAUGUACUAUGCGUGCGGGACAAGCAUAGAUUGGAGUUAUGGUACUGCGCACAUACCUUUCUCUUAUCUCGUCGAGCUAAGGAGCAAAGAACACAGAUUUGUCUUGCCUAAAAACGAAAUUUUGGACUGUUGCAAGGAAGCCUUGAAUGCUGUAAGGGCAUUAGCCGAUUUUGUGGAUAAAAAGAAAUGUUUGAAUUGUACUGUUUUUGCUAAGAAGAACCGGUGAAUUGGUUUUAAACUUUCAAUGUGUAAGUCUAUUGUGAAAAUAAAAGGUUGUUGAUGCGAGUAAAA